AUGGGUGAUAAGGAGGCUGGUGUCUCGAUUCGUCCCCGGUUUGCGCAGUAUGCCAAGAGCUGUCCGGAAAGACCAUACUUCCUUGUCAAUGCCGCCGAGCAAGGCGCCUGCAUAAACACGGAUCGUGAGGUCCACCUUGAAAGCAGUGAUGCCGACACAGACGACACGGUGGAUAGUCUUAAUGUGGAGAGGGGGUUCCCUAUGGUAGACAGUGGUACCGACGCGGACGAGUCUGAGGCCUACACCAGCGCGGAUAAAGUGUUCCGUUUUGAAAGCACUGGUACCGCCAUGGACGACGCGGAGUUAGCGGAGGCUAACAGCAUCUCCGGGGGGAGUAUCUCGUCUGGCCCUCAGCGAGAGGAGAGCAGGCUCCGUCAGAUCGACACUGGUGCGGACACGGACGACACUGAAGCCUACAGCAGUGCGGAGGCGCUUCUCGAUCUCAUCGACAGCCGCGCCGACGCGGACGUGUCGGAGACGUACACCGCAGAAAUGGGCGCUCGGGAUACUGAACGCGGUGCUUCCAAGCGCGAAAACGAGGUCUUCAGUAGCAGUGAAACCGACGAGAGCCGAAACACAGAAGACGGAACACCAGAGCUAUCAGCAUAACAGGACGAAGAUGACGACUCCUACUAUGUUAUCGCUGAUCCCGCUACACUUUC